AUGUCUGCUUUCAACACCCCUAGAUUGGUUCUUAACAGGUUUUUGGCUAAAUCUCAACGUGAAGGUCAAGGUGCUAUUGUCAGAAGAGGCAUUGGAAGAACUGAGUUGAAGAACUUGGAUCCUUUUCUAUUGCUUGAUCAUUUCUCAGUGUCUCCUCCCGGAGGAUUUCCUGAUCAUCCACACAGAGGCUUUGAGACUGUCACUUACGUGCUAGAGGGAGGAAUUACUCAUGAAGAUAAUGCUGGUCACAAGGGUACAAUAAGAAGUGGUGACAUUCAGUGGAUGACUGCAGGCAGGGGAAUUAUUCACUCUGAAAUGCCUGCUGAACAAAACAACAAUGGAUUGCAACUUUGGAUCAAUUUAUCAGCCAAUGAAAAAAUGAUUGCGCCAAACUAUCAAGAAAUUCUAAGUGAGGACAUUCCAUCAGGCGAAAAAGAUGGUGUUGAAGUGCGAGUGAUAGCGGGAGAAUCCAUGGGAAUAAACUCGCCGGUCUACACAAGAACACCAACCAUGUAUCUAGAUUUCACCAUGAAUCCCGGAACUCAGAUGAAUCAAACCAUUCCGGAAUCAUGGAAUUCUUUCGCAUACAUAAUUGAAGGUGAAGGUGUUUUUGGUUCACCAAAUUCAUCCCCAAUUCUGGCUCAUCAUGUCAUUGUUUUCACACAAGGUGAUGGAGUUAGUGUUUGGAACAAGAACUCUUCAAAGCCUUUGAGGUUUUUGCUGAUUGGUGGACAACCUUUGAAUGAACCUGUGGCUCAAUAUGGUCCUUUUGUCAUGAAUACACAAUCUGAGAUUGAGAAGACUAUUGAAGAUUAUCAUCAUGGUAGAAAUGGCUUUGAGAUUAAGCUAAAUUAA